UCUUUAGUAUGUUUAAGUGGCUGUUAGACUAAAGAAGCACAUGUAAAAAAUGAGAUUGUUAUUACUUUCUUAUGCCUUUGUUGUCGACCAUGUUGCUGGACACGUUUUGGCAGAUUACAAACAAGGCAGAUCUCACAUUUUACAUGAUAAUAAUGAACAUUUUUUUACGCAAGAGAACGAAUUUCAUCCCACAACGCACCAUUCCUCCAACCAUCAUGGUCCGUUUGUCGGUAAUUGCAAAAAUGGCAUGGAAUGUGUACCGUUUGUCAGUUGUCCUGGGCACUUUUGGAACGAAAAUAAGGCCUUUUGCAAAACAAUUAUGUCCAAAAAAGGAAUUUGUUGUAGUACUGGAAAAAAUAUUACAAAGGCUUUUACGCCAAAAGACAGAAGCCACCACCAACUCCAUUUGCAGUUAGACCCUAAAACUAUAGAGGUCGUCAGCCGCAGAAGCAGAUUGGCUAUGGAAGAGUUACGUUCCAAGGAAGCCAAACUACUUAUGUCCGAUCAAUCCAUAAUAUUGGAACCUGGUUCAGCUAGCUACAGUCAUUUCAGAAAUUCUAGAAGAUUCAGUGACGCUGAUUCUGUUGAAGUUAGCCAAGUGGCUAAUAGAGCUAUGGAAAUCGCUUUAGCUACCAAAGCUUUUAGGGAAAGAGCGGACGUGAGUAAUAUUGAGUUAGAACAAGGCAUGCUUGUAGAUGAUCUCAGUCCCAGCCCCCUUGGGUAUAUUUGCACCCCGCAACCAAUUUGCCCAGCAGUUGCAAACAAAUAUAGAACCAUUGAUGGUUCUUGCAAUAAUCAUUAUCGUCCCAUAUGGGGUGCAGCGCUGACACCAUUAUCCAGAUUGAUGGCACCUGUAUACGACGAUGGCAUUUGGUCACCAAGAAUGUCUGCUGUCAAGGAUGAACCUCUUCCAAGCGCAAGACUUGUCACAUCUACAGUUUUUAACGAAAAAGAUGCAUCGAAUCCUAAGCAAUCGCUUCUCUUGAUGCAGUUUGGACAGUUUCUGUCGCAUGAUAUUUCACAAGGAUUAGACUUUACCUACGGUAACGGUAGCGCAAUUUCUUGCUGCAACAAAGAUGGAACGAAAAGUUUGCCAGUUGAUAGCCGCCAUUUUGCUUGCAUGCCAAUCUAUAUACCAAAAACUGACGUAUUUUACGCCGGUUACAAUCAGAGGUGUAUGAAUUUUGUCAGGACCGUCUUGGCACCAAGGGAAGAUUGUACGCUUGGCUACUCUCAACAAAUGAACAAAGUGACACAUUUUAUAGACGGUUCCACGAUUUACGGUUCAUCUCCAGAACAAACCGGUAACCUGCGAAGUUUUGAAGGCGGUAAAUUGAAGGUGUUCAAUGAUUACGGUAGAGAAUUGUUGCCUUUGGCCAGGAAUUCAGAUGCUUGUCUUACCAGGGAAGACGGCACUGCUUGUUUCGAGUCAGGAGACACAAGAACCAACCAAAUGAUUACUUUGGUGGCCUUGCACACAUUAUUCAUGAGAGAACAUAACAGAAUAGCGGACACACUGUCGCAUCUGAAUCCUGACUGGAAGGACGAAGAAAUUUUCCUCGAAGCGCGCCAAAUAGUUAUAGCGGAACUGCAGGUCAUCACUUACAAGGAAUUCUUGCCGGAAAUUUUAGGAUAUACUACUAUGGAAGAAUUUGACUUAAAUUUAGAAGAAGGCUAUGAAUACUAUUUUGGAUACGAUCCUAAGGUGAAUCCAUCCAUUAUUAAUGAAUUUUCAACAGCUGCUUUUAGAUUCGGACAUUCAAUUGUAGAUGGACACUUAAAAAUUUAUAAAGAAGGGCACGAGAUGGAUCAAAUGAUUUCUAUUCCUGAAGUAAUGUUCUAUCCAUCGCAAAUGAGAAGAAGUAAAUUCUUAGAUAUGAUUCUUAAUACGUUAACCAAUGAACCUAUCCAAGCAGUUGAUGGGUCUUUUUCGGAAGCUAUGACAAGGUACCUCUUCAGGGCUGGAAACGCAUUUGGCAUUGAUUUACCAUCAAUAAACAUCCAAAGGGGAAGAGAUCAUGGCUUGCGGCCCUACAAUGAUUACAGAGAAUUGAGCGGUUUACCUAGAUAUACGUCGUUUAAAGAUUUUGGACCAGAAAUUGGUGAAAAGCUACGCAAGGUUUACAGAAGUGUAAAUGACGUGGACGUGUGGGUUGGAGGGAUGUUAGAAGAUAAGGCAGACGACGGUUUAGUGGGUCCUAUUUUUCGGGAUAUAAUAGCCGAGCAAUUUUUGAGAUUGAAACGUGGAGAUAGGUACUUUUUCGAAAACGAUCCCAGCGUUAAUCCGGGACAUUUCACUCCAGAUCAACUUUUCCAAUUGAGGAAAUCAACAAUAUCAAGAAUAAUAUGUGAUAACAACGAUCACAUACUGAUCGCCCGUCAGGCUUCAAAUGCAUUUAGAAUACCAAACACUCAAGAG